AUGAUCUGUCACAUCCCCUGUCAUGACGGAAACUUUAAAAUGAAAGCGAUCUUUCUGGGCUUGAUGACAAGGAGGUUGAUUCAAGCGGAACUCGGUGAAUGUGAUUUGGAUGAUCGUGACUUUUACGGAAAUAAGAGACUUGAAUUAGCAGGGUCUCUGUUAUCGUUGCUGUUUGAAGACGUUUUCAAACGUUUCAAUAGCGAAUUGAAAAGGGUGGCAGAUAACUCUCUUGGGAAAACGCUGGCAGCCCCUCUUGAUAUUGUAAAACAUAUGCGGCAAGAUUUGAUCACCAACGCAAUAUCGAAUGCGCUUUCUACCGGAAAUUGGAUAAUCAAGCGAUUUCGCAUGGAACGCCAUGGCGUCACUCAGGUUUUGAGCCGGCUUUCUUACAUCUCAGCUCUAGGAAUGAUGACAAGAAUUAACUCCACAUUUGAGAAGACUCGAAAGGUGUCUGGUCCUCGGUCACUACAACCUUCUCAGUGGGGAAUGCUGUGCCCUAGCGAUACACCGGAAGGUGAAGCUUGUGGUCUGGUGAAGAACCUUGCUUUAAUUUCGCAUAUUACCACUGAUUCGGAUGAGAGACCAGUUCUGCGGCUGCUUUUCAAUUCAGGAGUUGAGGAUUUACAAAACAUGCAUUUCUCUCACAUCAAUAACCCCAAUUAUCACCAAGUUUUCCUGAAUGGUCUGCUGGUGGGAACAACGCUUGAUCCAGCACGUGUAGUGCGUGCCGUACGAACUGUUAGAAGGAGUGGCUUACUUUCCGAGUUCGUGUCCGUCUCCCGCUCCCUUCCUCUUCGCGCAGUGUACAUCGCAAGCGACGGUGGUCGACUGUGUCGUCCAUAUUUGAUCGUAGAGGAUGGAAAGGUUCUCCUUCAACCUCACCAUAUACAGGAACUCAAAGAAGGUCAACGUAUCUUUGAAGAUUUCGUUGAUGAUGGCUUGAUAGAAUAUUUGGAUGUGAACGAGAUGAAUGAUGCCAACAUUGCUGUUUAUGAGACUGAUGUGAAUGCAAAGACUACUCAUUUAGAGGUAAUUUUGAACACAUGUGGCUCAUAG